AUGGGCAAAGUCGAAAAGCACCACGAGGAUCCCAGAAAGGGCGGAGGUAUCCGCAUUGCAAUGGCGGGAGAUAUUCCGUGUUGUGAAACCGUGGAAAGUUGCCGGCCCGGAUGGCAUACCAGGAUUUUUCUGGAAGCAUUUUUCGGUUGCGAAGGAUGGCCUGAUAAAAUGGUGCCAAAAGGCACUGUUGAAUCCCUGGAAGAUGCUCCCACUCUGGUUAUGCAGAGGACAAGUAGUGUCAAUACCAAAAGCGGUAGAGAACCAGCGCCUGAGAGGGUCUGGGAACUACCGUCCGAUUGCCUGCCUUAA